AUGAUAUAUGGUGACAUUCUUAAAUAUGGACAGGCCAUACUAAAGAAGUAUACAAAGUCCAAGAGAUGCCUGUUGUACUUAAUCCUUUUUAGACUGAUUAACUGUUUAGUUGUUCGAACAUCCUUUUUUCCAGAUGAGUAUGCUCAGUCUAUCGAAAUUUCUCAUUAUUGGGUUUUUGGUUAUGGACAUAAACCCUGGGAAUGGGAAUCCUGUAUAUCUUUGCGCUCUGUUGUUCACCCCUUUACGUAUGCCAUUUUAUUUUAUCUUUUGAAAAUCACCAAAUUGGACACCCCCCUUGCGGUUCUAUACGCCCCAAGGAUUUUUCAGGGGCUUUGUGCGGCGCUCGGCGAUUAUGGGAUGAUCAAGUUGGUUACGCUUUGGUAUGCGCAGUUGUACAGAGGGGUAGACGACAGCGAUGUGGGUAGUCAAGUGGAUAACCGUGUAAGUAGCGCAAGAGGACUGCUGCUCCCAGUGCAUGCAAUCCUAACCUGCUACUUCCUCUUCUGGUUCCACUUUUACACGAUUUGCAGAACAUCUUCUCAGUCAUUCGAGUGUAUACUGAAUAUAUGGGGGGUAUAUUUCAUCUCCAGAAACUACUUCCCCUUUGUUCCCACCAAGGGGGAAAUAGCCCUUCUCUGUUUGAGUGAAAGCGUGAAGGAUAAACAGAACAACCAAUCGAAAGGAGUAACAACUGUUGUGCGUAGAGCCGUUCUUCCCAUGGAUGAAAGAUUAGUGCAAAAGUGCAACCAUCCCAGUAGUAUCAUCCGUAGUGAUGCUGUAAGGACAUGUUCCCCUUCUGAUGAAGAAGAAAAUGGAAGGAUUCUACACAGCGGAAGAGGGGAAGAGACAUAUAAUCAGGGUGAUACUUCCACAACUGGGUAUUACCCAAUACUUCAAUGUGACGAUCACAAGAUCCCCACAUCAGUAGACAAAUUCAAAACCGUACAGACACAAAAUCUUCUUUUAAGCCUAUUGUGCAGCUCCUUCUGUGUUCUAAUCAGACCGAACGCCGCCCCAUUUUGGCUAUGCAUAUAUUUCCUCUACUUGGUGAAAUGCGCCAAAGGGCACAAGACAUCUCUGCAAAUGGAGGAAGUGCUCAAAAUUGGAAUAGUGUAUACGCUGGUAUUUUUUCUCCUGGGAAUGGUAGCAGAUUCGUAUUAUUACAAGAAAAUAACCAUCACAUUUUUGAAUUUUUUUCUAUAUAAUUUUGUAAGUGGUCAAAACAGUUACUUUGGAGAGCACCCUAUCCACUUUUACCUGUCCUGUGUCAUUCCAUCCAUAUACCUUCUCUUUACCCCAUUUACAUACUACACUGUUUUCUACUUAAUGAGAAAUGUAACAAGAGAAAGAAGAAGCCCACUUGAUGCAGUCAUCAACAGAAUAGAUUACAGUGUCUAUAUGGCUACUCUUUUGGAAAUCCUAUCCUUAUCACUUAGUGUUCAUAAGGAGCACAAACUUCUCAUCGGUUAUAUGCCCUUCAUCACAAUAUGUACUGGUUUGGGGAUACACAAAUGUUGGAUGUAUGUACAGGAGGCGACAAGAAAAAAAAAAAAAAAAUUUUUUUUUUUUUUCCUAAAUAUAGGUUUUCUUCUUCAUAUGAUGUGCACUUUCUUCUUCAGUAGAGUGCAUAACAGUUCUGCAGAAAAAGUUGCCACCUACUUUCGAAACCUUAAAACAGUUAAUGAUAAGGAGGUGACGAUUUUGAUGACUGACUGCUAUGACACCCCACUGUAUUCUCACAUUCAUAGACAAUUUAAAAUAGGCUUCUUAGACUGUUCACCACAUAUUAGAAAACAAAAUGGGCAUAUCUUACAAAACUGGAGAAAGAAAAUAUAUGAUAAUAAUUUUGGAAAUGUUUUUUAUGACCUAUUUGAUGAGACAAAAAGGACGCCGGAGUCGGUUCAACCAUAUAUAAUACCAGACAAGAAUUUCCACUGGUUUGGCCACAAAAAUUUUAACAGACGAAAGCAUUUCAAAUGGGUUUACGAGAAAAUUAACUUUUCCUGUUUGCAUUACCGUUUUUCUGUACCCCUUAAUGGAGAUCUCCCUCUUUACUUGGUCACCACUUCGGACCGGCUAUCCCAUUUGGCACCGUUUCUAUCCCAGUUUAACUAUCACCUUGAUGUGGACCCCAUUUUUUCCCACUAUACAGUGGUACAGGGGGGCAUGAAGCUGGGCGUCGUUAACCAUUUGAUUUUUAAGCGGGGCUCUACGUAG